AGAUUUUUCAAAACAACACUGACUCUUAAAUAAUCAUGAGAACCAUGUUCAAGGACAGCAUUAUCUAAACUAUGAAGAAUAUACAUAUUAUGUUGUCGUUAAUUAAAUUGUUUAUUCUUGGAAAAGGGAAUUGUGUUGAGUAAUAGUAAAUUAAAUUGCGACAUCUUAUGAGGAAUUAAAAGUUAUUAUGAUUUUGUAUGUCGUAAGGCCUUUAUCCCAUUAAUCUCACUGUUUUGAUCGUAGCAAUAGCAAGCAAUAACAGUGAUUAAAAAGGGAACAAAAUCUGGGUAUACGAUUAUUAUACCGACCAACAGAAAGACAAAAUGGGUUUUAAAAAGGACAAUACAUUUAAGGAUAUAGUAUCGGAGUUUGCUAAUGACACAGCCACCAAUGGCGUACCUAAUAUUGCAAGAGCUGGUUCUAUACCCAGGAGGAUAAUAUGGACUAUUAUAGUCUUAGUGGCUGCAGGUUGGAUGUUCACGCAGCUUGCUCAAUCCUUUAUAACAUAUUAUAAACGCCCACAUUCAACAUUGCUGACAGAAACAUUCUCAAGUAAAAUUUACUUUCCUGCAGUGACGAUAUGCAAUAUUAAUCCAGUAAGGGAAUCCCAGAUCUAUCUAUCUAACAGUACAGAGAUUGAAGCCCUCCUUCGUCCAACGUCCCAGAAAGAGGGAUCAGAAAGGUUCUCUCAACUUACAGAACUCCAACGGAGUAUGCAAACGCUCCCAACAUCGUCAUUGCAAGCUAUGGGACAUCUUCCAGAAACUAUGAUAAUGUCAUGUACUUAUGCCGGGGAAGACUGUAGUUAUUCUGACUUCACAAUGUUUACCAACUAUAAAUAUGGAAACUGCAUCACGUACAAUGCCGGGCCAGAUAUAGUGACAUCUUCUCAAGCUGGCGCUCAACAUGGAUUAUCCUUGGAAUUAUUCGUUGAAGAAAACGAAUACCUGACACUUACUGAUACUGUCGGUUUCAAAGUGAGCAUCGAGAGACAAAAUAAAGCUUUGUUUCCAGAGGAAACUGGAAUAUUUGUGCCAGUUGGUGCAAGAACAGCGCUAUCACUAAAAAGGCAAGAAAUAAUACGGCUACCAGACCCAUACUCCAGUGAUUGUUGGAAUCUGACAGCAAAUCAAUCAAUCUACGACAAUGCCUAUUCAGAUGAGACGGAGCCUAGCCCAAAAAACUACACACGAUUAGCUUGCCUCAAGACAUGCUACCAACUAAACUUGAUAACUCAAUGUGCUUGCCUCAGCCACAAAAUAAAGACCAGAGGUACUGCUUAUGACAAAGCCAAUGUGAACCUUGAGGAAUUGGAUUUCUGCAAUUUGACAGAUUCUUGUUAUUUAAAAGUAAAGGAUGAUUAUGAGGAUGGGUCUCUGGAUUGCAACUGUAACUCCGAAUGCUGGGAACUGGCAUACAGUGCGACGAUUUCACAAACAUCUUGGCCUGCUCCAAAGUAUUUGGAUGAUCUAUUGAGAACUUAUGCAGCGAAAAACGACGUUAUAAGAGGAUUGUUAGAGAGCCCAUCAAGCAGGAAAAAACGCGACGUCGGAAAUGGAACUGAGACCCAAAAUGGAAAUGGAACUGUAAAUGGAAAUGUGACAAACAAUGGAAAUGAAACAGUUAAUGAAAAUAUUGGUGUUGAAGAAGCGCCAAUAGAAAUUGAACCAGGCACUGAUCGAUACUUCGCAAAACUUGAUGUGUACUUUGAUGAAUUGAACUUUAUUCGAAUAGAAGAGACUAUCGCAUAUACUGAGUGGAACCUAUUUUCUGACUUGGGAGGACAAUUUGGGUUUUGGUUAGGGUUCUCUAUCGUAUCCAUAUUUGAGAUUAUAGAAUUCCUCAUAGACGUUUCCAUAUUUCUCGUCUAUAAAUCCUUAAACAGAGAAAAACUUAAGGCUAAAGUCGGAGAUUCAGCUACCGAGUUAGAGGGGAGACCAGUUUCUUCUGGACCACAAGUAUUUGUAACUCAUGGCGGAGAGACAAAAUUUGGAUUAGAUGAGAAUGUAAAGGCAGGUGUAAUUUAACAACAAACUGACUAUAAUUUACUAAUGCCUUUAGUUAUAUCUGGGAAUAGGAUUUUGAUUCAAUUCUAUCUUAAGGUUAUAUGAAGAAUCAGACAAAGAGUCCUCUUUUAUGCGAAGACUUACACCUUUCUUUAUAAAUAUGUAUUUAAUAUAUCUGGUGUCCCAAGUAUUUUCUCACCAGUAGAUAGGCCAAAUUUUUUGUGCAAGUUAUCAUCUGUGAUUGCAUUUUUCAAUCAUGAUUGACAGAUGCAACCACGUGAUAGCUAGCACAAACACUAUGAAGGUCUCAUUGCGCAACUCGGAUAUAGAAUUGUUUGACAUAUGAUUUUGAAUUUGUUGAUAUACUUACAUAAUAUGUAACUGUUUCCUUUCAUAUUUGUACCACUUACUAAUGAUAUACCCUUAGGCUACUUUAUUGAAAUUUGCAAUGAAUUUUAUUCUGCUACUUUUUGGGACACCCGAUAUAUGCAGUGCCAAUAGUACUUAAUUAAAAUUGGUAAUUAUUUAUAUUUAUCACUCGCCAAUGCAGUCAUUUUAGAAAACCAAAAAAUUUUGCAUUUCCUGGUUCUUCUAAUGAAAAGCAAAGCUUUCUCACUUACUUUUACUUACAACACAUGAACAAUG